AGAGAAUUAAGAAAUGUUUUUUUUUAAUUACAUUUUUUAUAUAUAUUUUUAUAUGGAGAGUUGUCUACAGGAGCAGUAGAAAAGUUUUUUUCAUGAAUUAAAUGAAGGGUGGGGCAUUUUUUUCACUUUCUGCGUCUGCCCCACCAAAGGUCUGUGCACAACCCUGCUGAACAGGACAUUACUUCAUCCAAAUAUGUUCAAGGUGGCAAACUACUGUAGGCCUACUUUGGGUACCUCAUUUGGAUGUUCAUACUUACACCUAAAGAACCUUUAAACAGCUUCAUGUUUGACUUGGAGACAGGUGAUCUCCCCCUCCUUUCCUGCUGACCAUUGACACAAGGAUGUGUUUGGUAGUUCUGCCAGACCAGCGUGACCUGGCCCAGCCACACCUGGCCCAGUCACUGAUGUGGUGUAGAGCGAAGUCAUCAGUCCAUUAAUCAUUGUGAGUAGGGCCAGGAGUUUCUCUUAGCCAUGGUCAGGAAAAACUAUUGGCCCUAAAUAUGAAACCCAAUCAUCCAGUCACACGGUCAGUGCAUAUGUUGAAUGAUGUCCAGGGAAAGGACGUUUAGUCCACAGAAUGAUUGUACAUGGAAAGGACGUUUAGUCCACAGAAUGAUUGUACAUGGAAAGGACGUUUAGUCCACAGAAUGAUUGUACAUGGAAAGGACGUUUAGUCCACAGAAUGAUUGUACAUGGAAAGGACGUUUAGUCCACAGAAUGAUUGUACAUGGAUGGAAAGGACGUUUAGUCCACAGAAUGAUUGUACAUGGAUGGAAAGGACGUUUAGUCCACAGAAUGAUUGUACAUGGAUGGAAAGGACGUUUACUCCACAGAAUGAUUGUAUAUGGAAAGGACGUUUAGUCCACAGAAUGAUUGUACAUGGAAAGGACGUUUAGUCCACAGAAUGAUUGUACAUGGAAAGGACGUUUAGUCCACAGAAUGAUUGUAUAUGGAAAGGACGUUUAGUCCACAGAAUGAUUGUACAUGGAAAGGACGUUUAGUCCACAGAAUGAUUGUACAUGGAAAGGACGUUUAGUCCACAGAAUGAUUGUACAUGGAAAGGACGUUUAGUCUACAGAAUGAUUGUACAUGGAGAAUGGGGCCUCUGAAUUGAUUCAUCAAUAAAUGUCCUCAACUGUGUUGGCUGUUUAAAAAAAUAUAUCGAUCAAUUAAUGUAUUAUCAGUAUAAAUUUUUUUACAAAAAGGUUCUGUAGAAAUGUGUAUUAUUUGUUUUGUUUUUACGCUGUCAGUAAUGGUUUGUGUUACAUCAUGUUUAUUAAUUUUCCCAAUACACAAUCUUUUAGUAAAUGGUAAUGUUAGCUAAUAGAUUAGAUAUCUUCACCACUGGAGAGAAAGCAGGCAGAAAAAAAUUCCCAUAAAGGGUCAUCAGGGUAUUGGUCACCAUUGAGGAUGUAAGUGAAUCACUUGGCAGUUGGUACAAAUAUUUUGCCUGUAUUCUUAGCAACAUGUCUUAUUGACAUAACUCUUGCCAUUAUGUCAGCUGAUGCUGAGUGUACAUUGAAGACAGGUGAUUUUGGACCUGUACCCCUUAUUCAGGUGAACUGCAAUGGUUUCCUAUUUAUGGACUGGUAGAGAAGCGCAACUCGCCUCUGGACCAAUCAAAGGCGAGCUAACAGGUCAAGGAAAUCUCUAACUUAGCUGAUUAUAGAUAGCUGUUUGGUGAACUUAAAACCGUGUGCGGACUGCAUAUGCGCCUCUCGGGAAUCAUCUCUUUCUAUAAACUCACUGUUUUUGCACUUUUAUUUUUUUAAAGAGGAUUUAUAUUUGAAUAGAACAAUGGAAACUAUAUAUAGGUGUUUUCCCGUUAUUCUCCUAUGUCUGAGUUUUAACCUAUUCAGCUAUGCGUGGUGUUCACCUAUGGAUGUAUAUGGGAAAGUGGUGGAGCUCGUUUCGCCAGGAGAGGAAUACCUGGAUGAAAUGUCAGUUCGCUCCUUUUUCAAACAGUUGGAGAAGCGUGUGCAGUGCCCUGGUGUGUCGUGUGAAAAGUGCCUCUCUGUGCAGUCAGUAGACCAGCUGGUGGGUAACUUCACCAGCACUGGUGGUCUCCUUCACACUGAGGGCUUCUUCAGAGUAGCGGCAGGAUGCUGCCUGUACCUCAGCUCUCCCUCAGAGGCCUGCUCUUCCGUGAGGGCAGGGAGGUGGGGGGACGACACGGACAACUUCAUCCAUGAGAUCACAGGCUAUGACCAUGGGGAUGGACACGGAGACAUGGAGAGCAGUGGGAUAGAGACACUGCUCCAUAACUUGAAGAAGCACUACAAGCCCGAUCAGCAGUACGACCAGCAGUGUCUUACUGGUCAAGACAUCUUGGAGGAGAUGAAUGAUGGUGUCCCACACAACAUGGAUGUGGUGUUUGGAUACAUAGUUUAUCAUGCUUUGCGAGGUGACUGCAUGACUGCCAGAGCACUUCCUGAAGAGGACUACUUUCUGGAUUUCAUAUUCAACUCCUUCGGUUCUGACAACAUUACCAUACAUGAGCUGGAAGGUCUUAUGAACAGCCUGCAACUGGGUGGAGUCCAUGAAGAGGAUCACGAUCAUAGAGAUCAAGAGGGACACAAAGAUGACCAUGGUCACGAUGACCACGUUGACCAUGACCAUAGUGACCGCAGUACUGUUAGCAGGGGUCGGGGGGGUCGAAGUGGAGGUGCUGCCUUCAGGACGAGUCAUGAGGAGGGGUACCACCAUAGGAACAUCAGCAGCUGGGAACUGACGUGUUUCAGCCCGGAGGAGCUGAUAAAGAUCCAUGGGCUGAAUGGAUCUAGCCUGUCCAGGUCUGACGUGGCCCGGCUCAGCCCAGCCCUAGUCCAGCAGCUCCUCAGUGGUGCCUGCAACAGCAUCUCUCCCCCCACUGGACCAUUAGACCAGCUCACAACCACAGAGAAGUUUGUGUAUGCCUCCAUAGCCAAUCUGCUGAUCUGUCUGGCCGCCCUGGUUGGCGUUAUGGUGCUGCUGUGUACCUCCUGCAGCAGUGUCUUCCAGCUCGUCAUCCAGUUCUGUGUCAGCCUGGCCGUUGGCUCCCUCACUGGGGACGCCCUGUUGCACCUCUUGCCUAUGUUCCUAGGCCUCCAUGUUCACAGUGAAGGAACAGAUCACGGCCACUCAGAGGAGGUUCCAGACUACAUCUGUAAGAUACUGGUGAUGAUGGCUGGCAUCUACUGCUUCUAUCUCAUGGAGACUAUCUUCUCCAUCAUCACCACUCACAAGGACAGCCAUCACCAUUCCCUGCAUCACCAUGGGGAGGAGUCUGAGCCCCAUCACUGUGACCAUGGUAAAGUCCUGGAGAUGUACAUGCAGGAGAAAAAUAACAAGCAGUCCAUCUCACAGACUGACCUGGUUGAAAGUGAGAACAGUGAGGACACAGAGAAAGCCUAUCCAGAACCAAACCAGCGCUCAAGAGAACAGCGUCUGCUACCCUACAUGGUUACCAUAGGGGACGGGAUACAUAACUUUGCCGAUGGCCUGGCUAUCGGAGCAGCCUUUUCUGUUUCCUGGAAUUCCGGCCUUGCCACGUCUUUGGCUGUGUUCUGUCAUGAGUUGCCUCACGAACUGGGUGAUUUUGCAAUCCUGCUGCACAGCGGGUUGUCAGUGAAGAAGGCCUUGAUGCUGAACGUGGGCAGUGCCCUCACAUCCUUCAUCGGACUCUACAUUGCCCUCACCGUCUCUACUGACCUGGCCACCAAGCAGUGGAUCGCGGCCAUCACCUCUGGUCUCUUCUUGUAUGUGGGUCUGGCUGAUAUGCUCCCCACCAUGAUCCAUGCGGACAACCGUAGGCCCUGGCUCAUGUUCCUGCUCCAGAACUUAGGACUGCUGUCUGGCUGGGGCAUGCUGCUGCUCCUCUCUCUGUAUGAGGAAAGGAUUGGCUUCUAGAGCCUCCUAGUCCUCACACUGUACAGUACAAUGCAAUGGAUUUGUAUACAAUUACAAAUGAACACUGUAUGUAAACUAUGCUAUAUUUGACCUGUUUUGAUAUAUUUCAUUUAACACGCUUGAUCAUUCUAUAUGAUACAAGAUUUCCUCAAAAUGACUUUCUAGAUGAUAUAUGCGAUUUAUAGUCUAGUUCUGUUGUAUCUACCACAUAGACGUGUAGUCUGUUGGUGUUCAGUCUGAACCUGCUGUUGGUGCUAAUGUUACUGUUGGAAAGGAUUUCAUCUGUAGUUCAAACUGUAAUUUAUACCACCAAUAUUUAUAAUGGGACUCACAGCCUACUGCCUCUGUAAUUGCCACAUAUUUUGUAUAACCACAUACCAUAACAGUGUGACUGUGCGGGGAAGUAGGUAGAUUCUAUUUUAAGUUAGCGGUAAUGCAGAGGUUGACAGUGUAUGUAUACAUGUGAGAAUGUGACAUGUUUAGAUUUGUCUACCUUUGUCAAAUGUGUAUUUUUACUUAUGUGCCACCAAUCCCACAAAACCCUCAAAAGUAAUAAA